CUAUUUCAGAUUAAAGCCCUGAUUUCAGCCCCCCCCAGCGAGGCGACUGUGGCUGAGACGAAGUCCUCCUCAGAGGAGCCGGCCGCCCCUAAACCUGCUGCUGAACCUCCGGCUGCCCCCAAACCCAAACCCAAACCGGACACGGCCAGGGCGCUCGGCCUGCUGGGAAAACGCACCUUUGAUAAGCCUCCUCCAGGCAGGUCAACAGGGAUCAUCUCUUUCAUCGGGCCGACGUUCGGCUACAUCGAGAGAGAAGAUCUGGAGAAGUUCACCUUCAGUUUCUCCGUCUUCUUUGGGAACCCCAAAGCCAUGAAGCCCGGGGUCAGAGUUCACUUCACCGCCUGCAAGGAGAAGAAGGCGCUGAUAGCCACGGACGUGAAGGUGGCGCCGGGUGGAACGGAGAACGUGGACACGGAGAUCUACGAGGCGGUGGUCAGCCAGCCAAUCACAGAGCCUCAGCCCGGCGAGCGGCAGUACCCGGGCCAGGUGCACGUGGACAUCGGGCCGCUGCGGACCAACCUGACGUUCGACAGGAAGGACAGCACGGUGACGCUGCUGCAGAACGACCAGGUGCUCAUCAACCUGCUCACAGACAUCGUCACGGAGAAGAGGAGGGCCACCAACAUCAAGCCCAAGAUCCCCUCAACGUUCAGCCACACUGGGGAGGCCAGGGAGCAG